AUGAGAAAGAGAGAUUUUGCCAUGUUUGCCUUGGUGUGCUUGCUUCUUGUGAUAGCCUUGAAUCAAGAAGGAAGCAUUACUUUUGAAAAGGCUUUUUUCUUUGCACAAACUUCAAAUCAACAACCACUACUGGUGAAAACAGGGCAAGCAGACUUAUUACCAAAACCGAUUGUUACAGAUAUUGAUGGUGAUGGAUAUAAAGAUUUGAUCACGAGCAGUGAGAAUGGAAAAAUUUAUAUCGUUUCUCUCAAGACAAUUUCUUCAUCGCUAUUAGUACAUCAAGAUUUAUUUAAUCCAAUUACUGAGGAAAAAUCAUUCGAUGUCAAUGAAAGGGAUAAAAACAAAGGAACGGUUCAUCAUUCGAUAAUUGGUCUGGGGCAUGGUCAUAUCAAGGUAAAGAAAAAGAAGGGACAAAGAGGAACAAAAAGAGUUGUGGCUGUUCUUUCAAAUUGGAAAGUAUUAUGUUUGGAUCAUGAUUUAAAUUUGAAGUGGGAGUCUGAUCUUUUACAACAGGUGGUUUCGGAUAUGAAACUAACAGAUGUGGAAAUUGAAGAUCUUCGAAAUGAUUUCAAACCUUUUGAAGUUUUGGUUGCAUUAUAUCCUUGGAGAGUUCAUGAAAACGAUGAAGGAAUGGUUAUUGUUGGUUUCCGGAAACCUCAAGAGAUGUUUGAAAAUGAUAAGAGAAAAGCUGAAGAAACAGCCACACAAUUUUCCUAUUAUUGCUUUGAUGGAGCAACGGGUCAAAUUCGAUGGAAACACCAAUCAAACCACAAGAAUUGGGAUGACAAUGAAUUUUAUGAGCAACAUUCUUUCAAAUUGAACGCUCAACAACAUUUAAGCGAUUCUGGAGAAGUAAUAUGGAGAGAAUACAAGAAAAAGAUUAUGCAUCAUUUACCUCAUGUAUUCAGACAUCCUUAUGACACGUCAGCAAUUUUAGAUAAUUUCCAACCUACUAAAAAGGCUAAAGUAUCUAAAAUUAAGGAGAGAGAGGAAAAACAUGAUUAUGGAGAAUUAACUGAAAAAUUGAAGACUGCUGUACAGCAAAUUACAACAAAAGUGAAAGACACAAAUGAGAAAUUGAAAAAGAAUAUUGAACUAAUGAAAAGAUUUGAGAAAAUACCAAAUGUGUUGGUGGCUCAUCUUUCAAAGGGUAUUCAAGUUAUUCACUUGUACACUGGUAGAACAUUAACUCAGUUUUCUCCUUUGAAGGAAAAUACUGUUUAUCAAGAUAUCAACUUUGAUGGUAUGAUCGAUGCUGCUGAAGCACAAAUCUGCAAGGCAAAGAUUGAAAGUGGCGCACCAAAUCCAUAUGACACCUUGUUCAGAAAGUCCGUAUGUAAACUACAUCCAACCUCAUUUGCUGAACAAUUUUCAAUCCCUUUCCUCAUGUCGAAUGAGCAACAAGAAAAGCAAAGCUUUGACGAUGAUGAUGAUUAUGAGGAUGAACAAAUGGAUGUUGUCACACCAGCUCUCGUUGAGCAUUAUUCUACAGAACAAAAGCCACAGUUCAGAGCAAGAGAUUUGAUCUAUUUAACGUCUACAGGAUUAGUAACAGCCAUUACAUUCGAUCGUAAAAACAGUCCCAAUGGAGAACCUAAAUUUAGAGUGAAAUGGCAAGUGAUGUCUCCAUCUUCUUUCAGAAGAGAACGAGUUUUGGUUGAGUCUGGAGCCGAGACUGAAUCAUUCUUCCCUGAAAUUGUCGCCUUCCCACUCAGAAAGUUCGAAACACAUUCAUUCAUUCUUGCAGUUGGUGAGAAGAGACUCACUGUUAUUGAUCUCUUUGGAAAUAUUCAACAGAUUAUUGAACUUCCUCACCCCUCUAUUGCUCCUAUUCAGCUGGUUGAUAUUAAUGGAGAUCAAGUGCUAGAUAUCGUAGUGACCACGAAGCAAGGAAUUUAUGCUUAUAUUACUCGUGUGCAUACAGGAAUGUCUGUACUUACUUUCCUUAUUGUUUCUCUCUUUUGUGAUUGUUGGAUUGUUAUACCUAUCCACCUAUAUUCAAUUGAACGACCCUUUCUAUCAUCGAAAGAUUGA